AUGUCGGGCGUAAUGUGUGACUGCACCAGGGUGGACGUUGAUCUGCUCACCCAGGAUGGUUGUUUCCGAUGCAGCGAAAGGGUACAUCACACCAGGGACUACCACCAAUUCGGCCAAACGUUUUUUGAACAUGGGCAUGGUUCAGCACCGCCCCCAAGUUUUACGGAACAGAACACAGUCCUGAACGACCGUACGAACAUCACUCCCACCAAGACAACUGGCAAUGGCCGACAGCAAACAUUUGCAGUGCCAUUCAAGCUGUCUACGAAUUUUGACUCCCUGUUCUCACCAUUCCCACCGAAACCACCGGCCACGACGGGGAAGAGAGGACCGACAUCUUUCUUUCCAAUGCUUGGAAGAGGACGAAUCCAGCAGCCACCGAAGAAAAGAGCCGACACCAUUCCAUCUCCAGUGAAGAGACUGAACCGCGACCUGGCAAAGAAAGAAAAGAUCUAUCAAGUCUGGCAGUAUGCAAAGGAAGGAGAUUCAUUGUUCGAUACAGGAGAAGCACUCAUGUACCUCACCUCCAACCUUCAUCUCAACAAGUCCAAGUCUCAUCAGGAUGGAUGCUGGUACGAAGAGUUGCCAUCAUAUAGGAUCAAACUAGAACAGAGGCAGAAGAAGGCGGCAGCAACCAAAACAGCUUCACUACCCAAAUCGGCUGCACUACCCAAAUCGGCUGCAGCCUCCCUACUAGAUCUCGCCGACCAACAAGAAGAAGAAGACUUAGCUGCCAAGAAGGGCUCCAUGAAAAACUGGCUUCGAGAGCAUUCCAAGAAGAUAUCGUUUAAGGUGAAGCCGACCCCCCCCGAGAAGAAAGAACCAGUGCCAGAGAAGCCACUACCAAGGGGGACGAAAGGGCGAUUGGACAACACCUGGAAAAGCCUUAGACCACUCCUCAACUCCCACUACCGUGAGAAUCCCAAGCUUCUAAAUGUCCCAGUUGAACAGCUUGUGGAGCGUCUCAAUCAGUGCUUUAUCACCAUGUCCGAAGAAUCCAAGCAAGUCCCCAAAACGUUUAAGCCCAAAGCCACCAAACGAAAGGGCAGUAGGAAAAGUGAAACAGGUGGUGCCACCGGAGAAGAGUAA